AUGUCAACAGUGCUUCGCAUGAUCUCCAAGAUGAGCGUCAAUCUGUCGUGGAUGGGAUCUGGCCUCUCUCUCGCUUACCGGACUGCAUUUCCUGGCCUUUCUCGGUCAAGAUGUGGCAUCCGCACGUUUUGUGACAUGUAUGAGAGCAAGAACUUUCAGAAUAUUCGUAUUACUGGAGAGCAUCAAAGCAUUGAUCAUGCGUUUCGACUAUUCAUGGAUAUCUUGAAGCGACCUCAUGUCGGCCAAUUUGUUGAGAGGAUUGAAUUAAUUCAGACACCAAAGCAUAGCGGCGACUACCCGGCGAGAAAAUAUGAACGUGAAUUGAGCCCAGAAGAAAUGGCUCUUCUCAGAUCUGCUGCCCGAGAUGCUGGGUCCCUCGGUGCCAAACAGGAGCGAAUGGUUCACAUGCUGAUGCAGAAAACCCCAAAUAAAGACUACCCCGACUAA